ACCACGGUCGACCACAAUUCCUAUUUACUUAUACAAAGUAUCCCCGGGAGAUUACCGCAGUACCAAUAAAAUAUCGGGCGCAGCUUUUACAGUGGUGAAUGUUUGCAAAGAAAGUUUAUAUAAAAACUUUAUUUUUUACUUGAUUUGAGACUUAAAAUGCUUGCAGACGCUAUUUUAAUACUGUGCAUAUCUGUAUUUACUGCAUUGUUAUCGGAAGGUAUCACAUAUAUAUUGGUGUACAGGACAGAUAAAUAUAAGAAAUUAAAAUCUGAAGUAGAAAAACACAGCAAGAAGUUGGAGCGAAAGAAAGAAACCGCAUCAGAUAUGUCAGGUGGACAGAAAAAGAAAAUUGAACGUGUUGAGGAGAAAUUGAAAAAUAAUAACAGAGAUUUAUCAAUGGUUAAAAUGAAAUCAAUGUUUGCAAUUGGUUUUACCUUCACAGCCUUAAUGGGAAUGUUCAAUUCAAUUUUUGAUGGUAGAGUUGUAGCCAAGCUUCCUUUUGUACCAAUAUCAUGGUUUCAAGGUUUAUCUCAUCGUAACCUUCCUGGGUCAGACUACACAGAUUGCUCGUUCAUAUUUCUGUAUAUUUUAUGUACUAUGUCCAUUAGACAAAAUAUUCAAAAGGUUCUUGGUUUUGCACCAUCAAGAGCUGCAAACAAAGCACCAGGCUUUCUAAAUCCAGCUCCUGCAUCAAAAUAGACAAGCUAGAAUCGAAAGGCUGAUACUUACAUAAUGGUGGUUUCAAAUAAAUUCAAACUGAUCAUUUUAUAUUGUGGCAUUGUUGUAUAUUUUGAGCUUUACUAGUAAAAAGGCCGUAUCAUAGAGAAGUUAAAUUUUUAAAUUAUUAUGUAAUAUAUAUUGUUUAUCAAAUUACUAUUUUAACAGAUAAUUAUUAUUUCCCUUGAACUUUACAAGUACCCCCCCUCCCCAAAGGGAAGACCCAAAAAAGUAGACAAAACUUCCAAAAGAUUUA